CCCAUUUUCUCCCCUUGUCCCACUACGAACGUGGAACUCUUUCUUCCAAUCCAUCCGCUUAAAGUUAUCUGAUCCGCUGCUGCAGACCGCCAAGAACCACGGCUCUGGUUCGUUGUCACCCCCUAGUAUGCAACCUUCCCAAUUUCUGAGGUCCUACCUAGCUAGGUAGAUUAUUAUUCAGUUGGCGGGCAGGGCUGGGGGAGUAGUGACGACUAUGAAAGCACCUUUGAUGUUGACGGCGCGAUCCCUUGCAUUAGUGCGGGAAAAGUUUCAGCGUAAGCUUAUACGAACUUAUACACAGACGGAAAGUAGGAAUCAAGGAAGCGCCCCGAAUACCUCAUUGAGGAAAGCAUUGUACAUCUAGGUACUUACAAUACUUGACUGCAUAAAAAACAAUGGAGACCCAAUACUACUUACGUUUAGCUAGAUGCCCUCAUCUUGGAGCAAGAGCUAGGCAUUGGGCCAUAGCUUACCAGGGUCAUGGCGGAAUAUCUCGGCUAGUCUACGUAAGUACAUCUAGCUCUCUCUGAGCUUGCCUGCAUGCUUCUAUCGGACAAGGAAGAAGUUCGGAAAUAUCGCAAGGGAUAAGAAAUUUCCUUCCCAGCAAGACAAUUGGGAAGAUUUCUAUGUGAAACAAAGUGAAAGGAAUCUGCAAUUCGAGCCUAUUAGAUACUCAAUUGUAGCUACCAAUCGCGAUACAUCCUCAACAAUGUCACCCUCCGACAAUGAUCUAGUAAUCAAGUUACCACAUCCGUACCUCACUUCCUACAUUCUUGUCAAAACCUCGCGCCCUUCAGAAUCUACUCCAUGGUACCAAGUCAAACAACAAGAUGAUGCUACUUCCACCAGCGAAAGCAUAGCGCAGAAGCCGAAAUCUCUACCUGAACGUCUUGAUAGUGACACACUCUUCUUCACCGAACCCGCAGACCUAAAGUCAAGCGAGCGACCGCCUGAAUCAAAUAAUACGCCAUGGGGACGCGCUCGUCGCUCUCCAAGCUCGACCAUCGCAUGGGACGGCGCGACACCUCCAACUCUAGCGCAGGCUUGGCUCGUUAUUUACGUGCUAUUCACAGUGCGACCGUCAAUGGAAGGAUUUCGACUUGCACUCACGGGUACUGGUAAAGAAGCUCUCGCCGCGCAAUUGAAAGCUGUGCUACUAGCCGUCGAUCACCCAACCGCUGGAGGACUCGCUGAUGAACUGCUCAUCUUGCGUAGUACCUUCUGGCAAGGUGCUGGAUCGCCAUUUGGACCACGUAGUGUCUGGGUUCCUGAUAGUAACUCCGAUUCCGAUGUCAACGCUAACUCCCUACCGAAACCGCUAUCGACAUACCCAUUGACGCCUCUCGAGCACACAAUGACAUCUGAAGCAGGCGGUGCGCCAGCAUGGCACCCGCGACGACCCGCGAAGCCGCGCCCGGGGUCAGUGGUGUAUAGCCGAUGGAUUCCGCAUCUACGCGAAAACUUCAGUAUGGUAGCGCUAGAUUGGGAGAAUCCGGAACACCUAGAAUUAUUCCACAAUUGGCAGAACGACCCGCGUGUGUCGCAGGGGUGGAAUGAGACGGGAUCGCUAGAACAGCAUCGCGAGUAUCUCCGUCGCGCUCACGUCGAUCCUCAUCAGAUCACGCUGUUGGCUGCUUUUGAUGAUACGUUCUUUGCUUACUUCGAAGUUUACUGGGCUAAGGAAGAUCGAUUGGGCGCAUAUUACAGCGCGGGCGACUUUGACCGAGGACGGCACUCACUUGUCGGCGAUGUUCGAUUCAGAGGCCCGCAUCGUGUGACAGCGUGGUGGUCAAGUUUGAUGCACUAUUUAUUCUUGGAUGAUCCGCGUACCAUGUACGUUGUAGGUGAGCCCAAGUACACCAAUAGCUCGGUGCUGGCGUACGAUUUUAUGCAUGGUUUUGGUCUUGAUAAGUUCGUGGACUUACCUCACAAACGUUCUGCCUUUGUGCGAUGUUCUCGCGAGCGUUUCUUCCAAUUGGCGCCUCUUGGUGAGAGUGAGAAGGUUGUAGGUGGUACGCUGGUUGGCCUGCUCCCUAAAUUGUGAGGACAGUGCUGUUAUUACAUGUUAAGUCCGAAGAAAUAAAACAACUCAGGCUUAUCUUUGGAGGACAAGGAAAAGGUGUGGGCACGAUAUUAAAUGUAAAUCAAUUGAUUAAAUUGCGAUAUAUCCAUCAACUACUUAAAAAAAAAUAUCAAUUUCAGAUUAA